CUUUCAGAUCCUUCCUCUCACUUGUUUAUCAGUAACAAUUAGUUUCAGGUUUAACAAUGCUUAACUACAGCUUGAUGAAAUAAAGGCUGAAUCAGCAAGAAUCAAGGCGAGGUUCUGUCUAGGCUAUCUUGAACUCCAGUCACACUGUUUCUUCUAUACUUCAUAUUUUUUUGCUAGUCUGUGCUUAACUGUGAUUUUUUUCUUCUCUCUGAGGCUCAUCUUGUGCUGCUCUUAACCACAGCCUAACCUGCCUCGUAAUUAUUUAUUUCUGUCUUUUCUAUGGAGUUUUAUCAGUUGACGGCAACAGUGAAUGACCACAAAGUACUGACAACUCCAGAUGAAGUCCUGAAAUAACUACACUCGAGUCUAAAACUGCUGUUGGCAAGGGAAGGUCUUUUUAAUUGUAUUUGCAGAAUUCCCCUUGCUAGUGCCAUUUGUGUUGAAGACAAGGAGGUAGAUGGUUAUUUGUAUUUUAAAUCUUGUGUGUUAAUUGCUAGCUUCCUAGGUCAGUUACCCAAAACAAUGCAUGAAAAGUUUUUGUUGGAAAACUUUAUACUAAAAAAUGCACACAAAAAAUUCACAACUUGUAAAUUAACAUUGACAGAUUGGGGUAAUUUUUAACUGGUGCAAAGAACAAAUAAGCCUCUUUCUGCCUGGAGAUGGGAGAUGGCACAAACCACAUCUGUUGAAGGGAAACCUAGAUAGGUGUUUGCAGGUCCCAGUGGUUGAAAAUGUGCUUUGGAAGCUUAAUCAGGAAAUGAUGGGAAGAGCUGCACCUGGUGCCUUCUCAGUACAAGUUGUUCAAGGUUGUAGAUUCCUGGUGGCCUUCAGUGUAAUUAGGUGGAAGUUGGCACCUGCCAAAUCUACCUUGAUAGAAGCUGCAGUGAUUUUAAGCUUGGCCUCCAAGGUUCUGUCUCCUGCAGGUGUGCUCCGGGUACUUUUUAUUCAACUCUGAGGAACAGGGCCCCAUCUUGAAUUCUUUUGCCCUACAGUGUUUCCAAAUGCCCAUCACCUAGGGGAAGCGUUCCUGAGGUGGAAGAGACUUGCUCAGGGGAAGGGGGGCACCCUUCUUAAUAUUUGCACAGAAAAACAUAUAAAAAAAGAGCUCUGCUACACAGCUUUCACAACAAACUCUGGUAGUUUAGAGCUCGUGUCCAAUCUGCCAUAGGAAUGGAAGUUGGAAGUCGUUUGUGCACCGGGAGCAGCAGCUCCUCCGCUGACCCGGUGCCCCACUAACGCGCUGUGUUUGCAGCCCGCGGGCUGGAGAUCAGGCACCCACACCGAGAUUAUUCCCGCUCACUGGGACUUUACGGGAAUCUUCCGUGACAGCCAGUUCGCAGAACUGUUCCUCCUCUCUGAAGCUCCACCUUCUGGCCCUGGUACAAGAUGGUGACGAAGCACGGAUGGAAAUUUCCACCGCUCCGCUCUGGGCUGUACCGGGAGCUGAGCUCUGCCUUCUGCGGAGAGAGGCUUUAUGUUGCCCCAGGCCUGCAAAGCAACGCACAGCUGCUCUGUAUAGCGAGCUUCGUGUGGGGUUUUCCCCCAUAAAUCUCCCUCUGCAGCUGCGAUGUGCUCCCGUGACAGCGAAGGGCUGGGUCUACACACACCACCCGCUUGUAGCCCACAGAGCGGUGCGAGGGGGCCGGGGCGGAGAGGGGAGGACCGGCCGCUGCCUCAGCCAGGCCCGGCCGCGGGGCACACGACACACGACGACACGGGCGGGUCGCCGGGUGCCACCGCGCAUGCGCGGCUGCCGCGCCCCCCGCUCCUCAUGACACACUGCGCAUGCGCACUGCCUGCACUGACACCCCACCCCCCAGGCAUGAGGGCGGCGGGAGGCGCGGAACAUGGCGCUGGGUGGCGGCCAAGGCGGCCGGUGGUGCCGCCGCGCUCCCGUGUUGAGGCGGCGGCUGGGGAUCGCGGAGGGGCUGGAGGCCGCGUCCCCGGCGCGGCCCUACGCGGCGGCGGUGACCGGCGGCGCUGAGGCGGCGAGCGGGGAGGAGCUGCUGGAGGUUUGCCGGCGGCGGCACUUCCUGCGGGGCGGCGCGGAGCCGCGGCCCUGGCGGGCUUACCUCAGCGGCUGCCCCCCGGCCUUCGGGCCGCUGGGCGUGGGGCUGCGGGACAACCUGGCGGCCCAGUGGUGGGACUCCACGGUGGCUUCCCGGGAGCAGGUGUUCGCGGUGGACGCCCCGCUCCACGGCCCGCCCGCCGCCGGCGCCCCGCGGGCCGGGCCGGAGCUGCGGCUGCUGCACCCGGAGACGCUGCGCGGAGCCCUCCGGGGCGACCCGGCUGCGGAGGAAGAGCUGCGGAGCGCGGGGGCGCUCCGGGAGAGCCUCCUGCCCGGUGCGUUGGCACAAUAUACAAGCUGCUUAGAAUUGACGAACAAAAGACUGCCGUGUGGCCUGGCUCAGGUUGGAGUAUGUUUUCACUCUCUUCCCGAAAGUGAACAGCACAACAAAAACCUUAGAAGAAUAGGCGAGAGGACCACGUCUUUGCUUGCAUGGUUUAGUUCUCCCAGAACUGCAGGACAGUGGCUGGAUUACUGGUUACGCCAGAGGCUUCAAUGGUGGAGAAAGUUUGCAGUAGGCCCAUCUAACUUCAGCAGCAGUGACUUUCAGGAUGAAGAAGGAAGAAGAGGAUUUAACUUAAGUUACAGAUUUCCUUGGGGGACAGAAACAAUAGAAACUUUGAAGAACCUUGGUGAUACUGAACUGUUACUGAUGUAUCCAGGGGAUAAUUCAAAAUUGCUUGGCCGAGAUGGGAGGAAGAAUGUUAUUCCCCACGUUCUGUCUGUGAGUGGAAACCUGGACCGAGGAGCACUAGCAUACCUCUUUGAUUCUCUACAGCUAGCUGAGAAUCCGUUAACUAAAAAGAAAGAUUCACAGAGAAAGGUACUUAAGCUUCAUCCUUGUUUAGCACCUCUCAAAGUGGCCCUGGAUGUAGGUAAAGGUCCAACAACGGAGAUGAGACAGGUUUGUCAAGGAUUGUUCAAUGAACUGUCAGAAAACAAAAUUUCUGUAUGGCCGGGUUAUCUUGAAACAGUGCAUGUAUCUCUGGAACAGCUUUAUUCAAAGUACGAUGAGAUGAGUGUUCUCUUCACGGUCUUGAUAACUGAUGCCACUCUGGAGAAUGGAGUGGUCCAGCUGAGGAGCAGAGACACCACGAUGAAGGAAAUGAUGCACAUUUCUAGGCUGAAGGACUUUUUAUCUAAGUAUGUAACAGCAGCCAAAAAUGUGUAAAUUUAAAUUCAUUGAAUAAAAUAGAUUUCUUAAA